AAGCUCCAACCAAUUCUUGCGGCUUAAAGGCGCAAGCCUUUGCGCAUUACUGCACCAUUAACAAAACCUUCGAACGCAAGGUGGAGCAUCCAAACCUGACUUGAAUUCUCACAAUUGGAAUACUCUCUGGCGCCCUAGCCCCAGCGCUCUCGGUUCUUCGCCGUUUCCAGAACAUCUGCAUCGAAAUCGGCAGUCCACCAUGACUGCUCGUGAACCAAAGCCGACGCAAUGAUUCUGAGGGGCCUGACGAGGACUCCUGUCCACCAUGCGACAUGCAUUGGCUUGGCCAAGCCCCGACUUGGGCUACACUUGUCCAUCCGAAAACAUCCUACUCCUCUCUCCACGAACUUUCAACGCCUCUUCGGUCACUAUAGCUCGAAGACCGAACCGCCCAAAAAUGCCUCCACGGCGCGUGACGAUAGCGCGAAGAAGGCGACAGGGGCACAGAAGUCGGAUAACCCGCUCGCUGCAAUAGAAAAGACCGCGCAAGAGCAACGGAAAGCGGACUGGGCCAUUAUGAAGGAAAUGUCGCGAUAUCUCUGGCCGAAAGACAGCUUCUCGACCAAGAUGCGCGUGGGUUUGGCUGUGGUCCUUCUAGUCGGAGCCAAGGUGUUGAACGUACAAGUGCCAUUCUACUUCAAGAGCAUUGUCGACUCGAUGAAUAUCGAUGUCGGAGCUACGGGUGGCAACGUCGCCAUGAUCGCCGGGAGCAUGAUAUUGGCCUAUGGUGCGACAAGGAUAGGCGCGACUGUUUUCCAGGAGUUGCGCAACGCUAUUUUCGCAUCAGUGGCCCAGAAGGCGAUCCGAAGGGUCGCUUGCAACGUGUUUGAUCAUUUGCUGCGCCUGGAUCUGGACUUCCAUCUCAGCAAGCAGACUGGAGGUCUCACGCGCGCCAUCGACCGAGGAACGAAGGGUAUCAGUUUCCUGCUGACUAGCAUGGUGUUUCAUAUACUUCCGACGGCCCUCGAAAUCACCAUGGUUUGCGGCAUUCUGACUUACCAGUACGGGGGACAGUUUGCCGCCAUCACCGCCAUCACCAUGACCGCGUAUACGGCUUUCACCAUAUGGACCACAGCUUGGAGGACAAAGUUUCGCAGACAGGCAAACGCGGCAGACAACAAGGCAUCGACCGUGGCAGUGGAAUCGCUCAUCAACUACGAAGCUGUGAAGUACUUCAACAACGAGAAAUUCGAGGUCGCGCGGUACAACAACGCUCUCCUCGACUACGAGAAGAGCUCGAUCAAAGUUGCUACAUCUCUGGCUCUUCUAAACAGUGGACAGAACAUCAUCUUCUCCAGUGCGCUCACGGCCAUGAUGUACCUUGCCGCCAAUGGGGUCGCAGCUGGCUCGUUGACGGUGGGGGACCUUGUUAUGGUGAACCAGCUGGUCUUCCAACUUUCGGUGCCGUUGAACUUCUUAGGCUCUGUUUACCGCGAGCUGCGACAGUCCCUGCUAGACAUGGAAACGCUUUUCAGCCUCCAGAAGGUGAACGUGUCCAUCAAAGAGCCUGCCGAUGCCAAGCCAUUGCAACUGGUCAAAGGUGGCGAGAUCAAGUUUGAGAAUGUCAAUUUCGGCUACCACUCCGAUCGACCAAUUCUGCGUGACCUCACCGUCACAAUUCCCGCCGGUAAGAAAGUAGCAGUAGUCGGGCCCAGUGGAUGCGGAAAGUCGACGCUCUUGAGACUUCUCUUCCGGUACUACGACGCGGACAGCGGUCGGAUUCUCAUAGAUGACCAAGACGUCAGAGACGUGACGCUGGAUUCAUUGCGAAGAUCCAUUGGUGUCGUGCCACAGGACACCCCCUUGUUCAACGACACGGUAGGACACAACAUCAGGUAUGGCGAUUUAGCAGCACCGGAAUCUAAGGUCAUCGCCGCAGCGAAGCGCGCCCGCGUUCACCACAUCAUUUCGAGCUGGCCUGCUGGGUACGAAACCAAGGUCGGAGAGCGAGGGAUGAUGAUCAGCGGCGGCGAGAAGCAACGGCUUGCCGUGUCACGACUGUUGCUGAAGGAUCCGCCGCUGCUGUUCUUUGACGAGGCCACGAGCGCGCUGGACACGCAUACCGAGCAGGCCCUCAUGCAGAACAUCAACAGUAUCCUCCGGGAGAAGGCAAGAACGAGUGUCUUCGUUGCGCACAGACUACGCACAAUCUGCGACGCGGAAUUAAUCAUCGUGCUGAAGGAAGGUAGUGUGGCGGAGAUGGGUUCGCAUAAGGACCUGAUUGAUCGUGGAGGCUUGUACUCGGAGCUCUGGAGCGCUCAAGAAACCCUCUUCAGGGAUCCCGGAGAGAAGGAGGUCAUCGUAGGUGACAAUGUGGAUGACGGGAAAGCAGACCCGAAUGACUCCUGGCCACGCGCUGGUUGAUGCGGUCAACGGGCAGGUGCGGGCCGGUUUAUUAGAUAUUUGGACAUAGAAAUACUACGAGUCGCAUUCAACGCGUUACUGUCGUCUUC